AUCUUUGGGAAACAAACAUGGCGUCAGACAGUGCGUUGGCUGCUCUGGGGCCAGAGGGAGCGUCGGCUGCAGCACACGCUCUCUCUCUUCCAGCAGAGGCAUACGGGAAUGACCCACGACUUGAAGCCAUGUGGGCGAUAAAGGCGUCCGACCAUGCAGAAGUUUACUUUAAUCUCAUAUCAUCUGUGGACCCAAAAUUCCUAAAACUUACCAAGGUGGAUGACAAACUCUACACAUUAUUCAGAGAAUCUUUCAAAGAUCUUGAUAUAAAGCUGCUGAAAACAGAAGACCUUAAAUCAGAUGAAGCCAAAGGGAGAUGGCGACCUUUCUGCAAUCAGUUUGAAGGAAUUGUUGAAGAUUUUAACUAUGGCACCCUUCUUCGUUUGGACACUGAGAAAGAGUACACAGAGGAGAACACAAUAUUUGCUACACGAGUGCAGUUUUAUGCUAUAGAGAUCGCCCGCAACAGAGAAGGCCUCAAUGACAAGGUGUUUAAAUCCAAAAGUAACAGAUAAGCUGGAAAUGCAGGUCUUCUUCCCAAUGUAAAAUCAGUCUUUAGACUUCUGUUGAUGACAAAUAUAGGACUGCCUGAUUCUUUUUAUACAGCCUUUUCUUGCAACUUGAUCU